GAUCGAGGCGGGAAGGAGAGCGACGCAUGGAGGGCAGAGCGCGAAUGAGUGCUUGAUGAUCGUGCCGAGCGCGUUCGGGACGAACGCGCAGGCGGCGCGCGAUAAUCACUUUAUGGCGUCGACGAGCGACGGAUUGAGCGUUUUGGAGAUUCGCGAACGCGCGGUGGCGGAGCAUAAGGCGCUGUAUCGAGGUUUACGAGCGCUCGGGAUCGAGAUUAAUUUGUUCACGCACGACGAGAAGCACGCCACGCCGGACGCGUGUUUUCCGAACAAUUGGCACACGCUUCGCGAUGGAAAGUUGAAACUCUUUCCGAUGAAGGACGAAAACCGCCGACUCGAGCGUCGGGAGGAUAUCAUCGAAUUCUUGAAGCACAAGCACCCGAAUUUGGUCGUGGACGACUCGCUGUUGCGAUACGAGCGUCAAGACCCUCCAAAGUUUCUCGAAGGCACGGGAUCGCUCGUGGUCGACCACGAAGAACGCGUCGCGUACGUCGCGCUUUCCGAACGCGCGCACGAGGAAGUCGUCGCCGAGCACUGCGCCGCCGAAAAUCUCACGCCGAUUACGUUUAAAGCCCUCGACGCUCGAGGUCGACCGAUCUACCACACCAACGUCAUGAUGAGCGUGUGUUCUUCCGUCGCCAUCGUCUGCGCCGACUCCAUCGCCGAUCCCGCCGAUCGUCGACGCGUCCUCGACGCGCUCGCCGCGGGCGGCCGCCGUGAAAUCAUCACCAUCACCCACGCCCAAGUCGACGCCUUUUGCGGCAACGUCCUCGAGCUGCGCACCGCUUCCGGCGAGCCCGCCCUCGCGUGUUCCGCCCGCGCUUUCGCCGCCUUCGACGACGCGCAGCGCGCGCGACUCCGCGCCGCCUUCGACGACCGCGUCGUCGCCGUCGAUUUCUCAACCAUCGAGCGCGUCGGCGGCGGCGGCGUGCGCUGCGCCGUCGCCGAGCACUUCGUUCCCUGA